GAUAUCAAAACAGAGUAUAAACUUGAAGCAUCAGUUAAUAUUUAAUUUUUUGUUAAUACCGAUACAACAAAUUAUUUAUGGUGUUGAUAAUGUUUUUAAGAGUGGAAAGAGGCCAGCACGUCACAGACUUGAGGAAUAUUACAAGGAUUUUAUACAAGGGUUGAUGCUGUCUGAUGAAAGACCAAAUACUCUGCCAAGUUUUGAAGACUUCUGUGCUACAUAUAUCCAAGAUUGGUGGAAGGACCAUUGCUUGCGACAUCCGUCACGGCCUAGAAAAACGGUGCCCAAACAACCUGUUAUACCAAAGAGACCUGUACGAAUACUGAACGUACAGGAGGCCGCUGCUAUGAUACAGAAAGCCUGGAGAAGACAUAUUGAUAUACAAGUAUACAGAUAUUACAGAGAUUUGAUUAACUUUAAGACUCGGGGCAACCCUUCACUCAUGUUGAAAUGUAUCAAUCCACUUGAGGCUAAAAUGUUAGACCCUGCUGCAGGAAUACAUAUCAAGUUUAGGCUUGCAGGGGAGAGAUUCCCUCCAAAUAUCUACUACAAAAUAUAUACACAUAGACCUAUUCAAGAUUUGUGUGCAAAUAGUCCAAAGGAUUAUACAAAACCAGCUGUGAAAAUGAAAAUGGCUAAAGAUCAGCAUAACAGGGGACGCUUUGAGGUCAACAAAAAUGAUAAGGACGGCUGGUAUCAGCGUAUGGACUAUAACGGUUGGAGACUAGUUUCUGAUAGACUGAUUCAUCACAUCAUGUCAGAUCCCGUCACCUGGGAAACGUCAAGAAAAAAGUAUGAAUAUCAUCAUGAUAAGCUACAAAGGAAACAAGAUGUUGAGAAGAGGAAAAAGAAAAAGAAGAUAGACUGGAUGAAGAAAAUGUAUAAAGAUGGAAUGUUGAAGGCCAAAUCUGAUGACAAAGAAACAAUACAGCUGAUAGAAGGUGCUGCUGCAGGUAUGGUAGCCACAGUGGAGAACUAUGGGUCUGAUGCCCUGGAGGACUGGGAGGUUGAUGAGCUUCUUGACUGGACUACAAGUCUUAACUUUGAUGAUUACCAGAAUGGAUGGAAGGAGCUGGCAACAAGUGCUAACUCAGAAAAACAGAUAGCUAAAGUUCCUGGUGCAGUAUGGGAUAGAAUGCACACUGCCUCUGAUUCUACAGCAGGAUUUUACAGUAGGAGAAAUUAUACUGCUGUUACAGAAGACAAAAUGCGACUGCUUACCAGUACAGUAGAUCCUUAUGAGUUUACUCUCUCAACGGGUCCUUCUCGCUACCAGUCCACCCAGCAGUCUCGGAACACACCUGUAUCCAGCGUCAGUAGUACUACGGGCAGACAACAACAGGCAGUUAGCUGAGACACUAAAAAUAAACCACACAGACAAUAGUGAAAUCUCAGCUGAGUAGAUUUCCUGGCCCUAAAGUUAUAAAACUUCUUUGAGCUUAAUAUCUAUUCAAAUACAAAUCAAUUAACUUGAUUGGUUAAGAAAAAGCAAUUUGGACCAAUGACAAUCUUUGAUCCUUAAAGUGAAAGUGAACUUGAGGUCAAGAAAAGUUUAUAACCUUGGCACAUUGUUACAUAUAUUUUUGUUGGGCAUUUGACCUGAUCAUACACAUUCAUUCAUAGAAGUUCAAACUUAAAUGUGAUAACCAACGCAUUUACACUCAACACAUUGUGAAGAUGUGCGUCUACAUCUGUGCAGAAAAUUUGUUGAUGAAUGCAAGAAAAGGGAUGUAUAAAAAGUACCAAAGGUUGAUCAAAAUAUUGAUUCUUGUUGACUAUAGAUUCUGUGUGCAAGCAUAGAGAUAGCCUCAUGUGAGGUGUUAUUAUUGCAGUUUGCUUCUGUAUUUGAACAGAAAUUUUUAAAACUAGUAUAUUUUACAGAAUGUUUGAAUACAGGAUAAGCAAUAGUGUAAGAUGUACCAUUCAGUAUUUUGAAAUACAUAUUUAAUUAGGGAUGUGGGGUUUUCACCUUUACACUGAUUUUACCAGUGUUUGUUGAUUCUGCUAUAUACCCUAAUCAAGGGUGUAUUUUUCUGCAUUAUUUUAAGCAUCCAGUAGAAUUAGAAUAUAUUAAAUUUCCAGCAUAAACAAGGUUUUUGUUUGUUGUUAGAACUGUAAGUUGUUGGCCAAGUUUAUGUGAUUUUUGUCUCAAAUUUUCUUUUCAGAGUUUGAUAAAUUUAUUUGCUGCUAAAAUUAAGCUUGUAUGGACUUACAUAUGAUUUACAGUGGUACAAAUGCACAAUGAGUUGCGAUACUCGAUGUUAGUUAUUCUUUCCAGACAUUGCAACUUUCACUAAACUAAAUUUGAUUUUCUUCUCCCUUUCCAAAAUCUAAAUCUUGAUUUCUUCUACAAACUAAAUGCAUAUGAAUUAGGUUUGCAGAAUACCUUGUUCGCUUAAUGCAUUAAACAAAAGUAUUGUUACUCUGUGUUUUCAAACUAUACAUCUAUCAAAAGCUACUGAAAUCAGUUUUAACCAGUUAAAGGCUAUUUAAGUCUAAUUUUAAUGUUUUAAUGAAUUCCAUUGCAGGAAUUAUUGAUCAAUGAGUUUUAUGUUGGUGUAAAGUAUUUUAAUGAUCAUGAAUUAUUUUAAGAUGCAAGUUGUAUUUUCAUAAAUGCAUGCAUUUGAUAUUUCAGAUGUCUUUAUAUAGAUUAUAGGGUUAUUAUAUCUUACAUUUUGUUGGUUUGUGAAGUUUUGAUGCUGUAUAAAAUUUCACUUGUUUGCACUGAUGCAGUUUUUUUUCUGACUUUUGACACUGUUAUAAUAUUACAGAUUAUGAACAAAUUAUUGUGUUAACCUGCUAAAGAUAUACCUUUUAUUUUUGUUCCAGAUCAUUGCUCAGAAAAUGGCAUUUUAUUACUAUGUUAUUUGUUUUGCUGCUAUGCUACCAUAUUUUGCCUUAUACAUAUUCUUUAUCCUUUUGUUGCAAUAAACUUUUGAUAAAUUCAGUAAGUGUUAAUUAACUGUAAAGUAUUUUGUUUUGUAUAUGCCCUUAAAAGCUUUUAUGCUUAUUUUGCCAGCAGCAGUAACUUAAAAAUUUGGUUUCCAACAAAUAAUUAGCUCAUUAAUGACUUCUGAACCUAGUUUGUAGACUGGUCUCAGAAUGCAGCCCUGCCAUUGGUCAGUUUGGAGGUUGUAAUUAGAAUUAAUAGCCAAUCAGAUGCUAGAGUAUGUAGACUGGUCUCAAAACACAGUUUUACAGACUCAGGCCCUGAAACUGUUGUAAACAACUUGUUUUUACCAUGAUUCUUUGAGGUAAAUAUUAACUUAUGAUUCUUGAUAGACAGUUUCCCUGUGUAUGAAUUAAAACCUUAGUGGUAUGUUGAAUAUUGAAUAUGUACUCAAACAGGCAGAUCCAAAGCUUAGUUCAUCGACACUUGGUUGUAGAACAGGAAAACACCUGAGCUAAAAUCAUUCCACACUUUUUAUCGGCAGGAGCAUAGUAUUUGACCAGUGUACAUCCUAAUUAUUUAACCUGCACAUUGACAAUAAUGCUCUAUUGAGUAGCAGUGCUGUCCAGGGAACCUUUCAGCUAUAUGUAAGAAAAAAAUGGGACUAGCCAGAUCACAAGAUUUAAGUUUACUAAGUGUUUUCAUAGUAGAGUACAAAACAAUCUUUGUUGGCCUGUUCUUAAUAGUGUUCAUCAGACCAAAUAUGGUAGCAUACAUGUAUUUUGAAAUUUGUUCGUUAAUUGAAAUUAUUUAAUUGGUUGUUUCAAAGUUAUAUGUAUGUAAUUAAAUGUGAUAUAAUUGUUUGCAGUUGUUAAACAGUCAUAUAAUAAAAAAAGGCAACAUGCCUGUGAUUUCA